UAAUGGAAAAAGAGUAAACCUUUGUUCUAAUAAAACCUGAUGGAGUUUAGAGAAGAAUAAUAGGGAGAAUAAUAUAGAGAUUUGAGGAUAAAGGAUUUUCAAUGGUGGCCAUGAAAAUGUUAAUACCUAAUCAAGAAUUAUUACAGAAGCAUUAUGAAGAGCUUAUGUUUAAGCCUUUCUUUCCCUGUUUGAUUUGUUAUAUGCUAUCAGGACCUGUUAUUGCUAUGAUUUGGUAAGGCAAAGAUGGUAUUUAAUAAUUUAAAUUAAUUAGUUGUUAGAUAAAUUCGUUCUAUGCUUGGAGAAGGCAGAAAUCCUAUUGAAUAGAAACCAGGAACAAUUAGAGCUGAUUAUGCACUUGAAUUAUAAAGAAAUUUAAUACAUGGAAGUGAUUCUUGUGAGUCAGCUUAAAAAGAGAUUAAUUUAUGGUUUAAUUAAAAAGAAAUUGUGGAUUGGAAACCUUCUGAUUUAAAUUGGGUGUGUGAAUGA